ACAUUGUUCUCAACCGUAGAGUUUUAGGGGGGGUGGGGAGGAGAAGGACAGAACGCGAUCUGAGUGUACAGUGGGCCUGAGUGGCUACAGUGAUAAAGAUGCUUCCAGAAGCAGAUGCACUUCUUCGCUGGGUUUAACCCUUCAAAUAGCACCGCUUUGUGAGAUAAUUAAUGCUUUACUUCAGCCGCCACCCCAAGGAGCUGUGGUGGAGAGAAGAGGCCAAGAGCUAGGGGCCCGGGGACAGAGCCCCCCUGUUCCCCCAGCGCCCACCACACGAGGACAGCAGCAGAGAGGCCGCCAGUGGAGAGUGGGGGCGAGGCAAGGAGGGCACGACAAACAGGAAGCCCCUAACCAGAGACGCAUCGGGAAAGGAGAGUUAGAGCGGGCAGAACUCACCUCAAGACCAGCCUCCCAAACAGUUUCCAGAGAUGGAUUAUCUUGCUUUCUUCUUGGCUAUUCUUCACAUACACAGAGCUCUAUGUGAAGAAAUGUUCUGGGACACGACUGUUAAACUGACUAAGAACAUGAGUCUAGAAUGUGUGUACUCAUCACUGGACACCAUAACCCAGAUGGAGUGGCUCAAGGUCAAUACUACGGACAGGGAGUCCAUAGCCAUAUUCAGCCCUACUUACGGUGUGAUUGUAAGAGCACCCUAUGCUGAUAGGGUUUACUUCUUAAACUCUACCAUGGCUCCUAAUGACAUGACAUUGACCUUUCAUAAUGCCUCUGAGGCUGAUGUGGGCUUCUAUUCGUGUUUUCUUCAUACUUUCCCAUAUGGACAUUGGGAAAAAGUGAUCCAGGUAGUUGCAUCAGAUGAUUUCGAGAUGGCUGUGCCAUCAAAUAGCCACGUGGUCUCAGAACCUGGACAAAAUAUCACGCUCACCUGUCAGCUUCCAACAAAGUGGCCAGUACAACAAAUUACCUGGGAAAAGAUCCAGCCCCAUCAGAUAGACCUCCUGACCAGCUGCAACUUGUCCCAGGGGAAGAGUUAUACCUCCAAGUACCAAAGAUGGAUAUUGAGCGACUGUCGUCUGGGGAUGAGAAGCACCUUCGUCAUCAUACCCCACGUCAUGGCCUCUGACUCAGGACUCUACCGCUGUUGUUUCAAGGCCAGAACAGGAGAAAAUGAAACCUCCGUGAUGAGGUUUACCGUAAGCGAUGGUAAAAUGGAAAACCAGUAUACCCUCUUUGUGGCUGGAGGAACCGUUUUAUUAUUGCUGUUUGUAACCCUAAUAACCACCGUCAUUGUCAUUUCUUACCGCAGGAGAAGGAAACAGAAAAGAGGACUAUUUAAAGAGCACAGAAAUAAGGAUGCACAGAAUAAGGCAACCAACAACUACAGAAAUCCCAUCUCUACUCAUCAGUCCUCGGAUAGUGCAAGAGAAGAUAUUUACGUCAACUACCCAGCCUUCUCUCAUAGACCAAAGACUAGAAUCUAAGCUUUUUCCUGGACUUGAGCAAAAUUUAUGAUGACUGUUAUGUACAUGGAUCUUAAUACAAUUUCUUCCCACUACACAGUGCCUAUCCUGGAUACCAGUUAGCUAAAUUUAUUUAAUUUGAUAGGAAAGAUACUUUCUUACCUAGAGAACAUUCUUAACAGAAAUGUUUCAGAAAACCUGACUCUAAUUAGCUUAGACAUGAAGGGAAACUUACUGAAUCAUGUAAUGGGACCAUCCCAGGGAGAUGAAGCUUCAGGCAAGGGUAAUUCACAGAGGUUUAAAUGUCAUGCUUAGAAUUAAGCUCAAGCAUAAACCCCUUUCUGGAUCCCCUUUUGUGGUGUUGGAUCCACUUUAUUGGUGUUAGCCUCUCAUUCAGGCAUUUCCCUUGUGUUUCCAAAAACUCUUGGCAAUUCAUAAUCCUUGUUUCUGCCUGGGAGAGAGUUUACUUCUCUGAUAGAGCAAAUAGACUUGGUUAUUUGUCAAGCAUUAAACAGGCAACAUGGCUGGUAAGGAUGGAUUGGUUUAAGUCAAUUAAGGGUUCACUUCUAGAACAAGGAGUGAGGCCAAAGCACAUUACUGGGAAUUCAGAGUAUCAUUAGAUGAGGGAGACAGGGCCUGGAAGCUGGGCUGGUUACCAACAGAUGUGAACAGCAGUGCCAUUCCGAGACAUCUCUUGUUAACCAACUAAAAAGAGAAUAUGUGGACGGGUAUGGGUCAGCUCUCCCUCUGCCUACUGGAAAAUCUGCUAUAUCAGCAGAGUUCAGAAGAGUACUUGGCAGCAGAACAAAGGAAUGGCCAAGAGGAAGAUAAAUGUGACACGGAAUCUCUCCCCUUUCUCUUAUCAAAUAAAGUAAUCUCUGAUCUACAUAGAAUUCUUGCCACUAUCCCUGGUCUAGCUUUAAGAACAAGUGUAGUAGA